UGGGUGAAGACAGCAACUGCAGACUCCGUUACCUAGGCGAGAAGACGUAUUCCUGUAAAGCGUGGAACGGAGGGAGUAACAAAUUGGUGGAGGCUGAAUCAUGGAGAUCAAUUGGAGACCCAAUUUUUCCUUUUGUAUGGCCUUUUCGGAGUAAUCGAAAGGAAGAAGAGAAGAGAAGAAGAAAGAAACAAAAAAUACAGUGUGCGAACGAAUCAAGGCAGGUGGGGGUGGGGAUAAACAUUUCUGCUCCUUUGCUUCAGUCGAGGAGUGCUCCCACGUUCCUGCAAUGGCCUCCGAAACCAACUACCCCCCACGCUACCAAGACGAAGACGACGACGAGGAAGAAGAAGAAGAAGAUGAGGAAGACGAAGAAUUCGACGAGGACCCCUCCCGGCCGCCGUUCGCCGGCAGCGAGGAGGACCGCCUGGAGGCCGUGCUGCGGCGGCUGGCGGCGGACGAGGUCCGGAUCCGAGUGCACGGCGUCGCGAUCCGGGGCUGCGCCCGCACGCGCCGCGCCGCCGCGGAGGCAGCCGUGGGCCCGGACCUCGCGCGCGCCGCCACCGUGCCGGAGCUCCUGCGCGCCGCCGCGGCCGCCGGCGACCGCCUCCGCCGCCUCGGCGCCUUCGACUCCGUCUCCAUCACCCUCGACGCCGCGCCGCCCGGGGCCCCCGCCGACGGCGUCCUCGUCCUCGUCGACGUCGCCGAGGCUCGCGGCGGCGCCGGCGCCGGCGGGCUCGGCGUCUUCGCCAACGCGGAGACUAGAUCAUGUUCAAUUGAUGGUUCACUGAGGUUCAAAAACCUAUUUGGAUACUGUGAGACCUGGGAUGCAUCCGGUGCUCUUGCUUUGGAUCAGACACUGGAGCUUAGGGCCGGGGUGGCAGUGCCAAGACUGGGAGUGAUACCAACUCCACUGACAGCUCGAGUAUCAUUUCUCUCCGAGGACUGGUUAAAGUCCUCCCUCAAAGAACACCUGAUGGGCGUUUCUGUUGGCUUGCUCUCCACCACGAACCAUAAUCUUGCUUACAAUCUGUCAUGGAGAACUAUAACCGAUCCAGCACGGAAGUUCUCCAAUUCCAUAAGGGAGCAGUUAGGACAUAGCCUGCUGUCCUCUAUUAAAUAUACAUACAAGAUUGACCAGAGAGAUUCAAGUAUAAGACCGACACGUGGAUAUGCUUUUUUAUCGUCUUCUCAAAUUGGAGGUCUUGCACCAGACAGCAAAAACACACGUUUUGUUAGACAGGAACUUGAUCUUCGAGUGGCUAUACCGCUGGGUGUGUGGAAUGGUGCUCUGAAUGCCGGAGUGGCUGCAGGGGUCAUCCAUCCAUUGGCAAGAGGAGCAACAGGCUCUAUCUCGCCACUUCCAGAACGUUUCUACUUGGGUGGCAAUAGGUCUCUUGUGUGCCGCUUGGGUGGACCAUCAUCGCUAUUGGGCUUCAAGUCAAGAGGGCUGGGACCGACAGACUCGCAAACCUGCGCCCCCAAGAAAUCUGAAAACGACGCUUCCACUUCUGAGCAAGAUGCCAUGGGUGGUGACAUAGCACUCACCGCCUUUGCUGAUCUGUCAUUUGAUCUACCUCUGAAGCCACUCAGGGAGCUCGGAAUUCAUGGACAUGCAUUUGUGUCAGCUGGGAAUCAUGCUAAUCUAACAGAGUGCGAUAUCAGAAAAUUUCAUCUUACCGAGUUCCUACAAAAAUUCAGGAGUUCUGUAGGAGUUGGCGUAGUUGUGCCCACCAGAUUGUUUCGCAUGGAGAUCAAUUACUGCCACAUCCUAAAACAGUUUGAUCACGACAGAGUGAAGACAGGCAUACAGUUGAACUUCUCUUCGCCCUGAUUUCUCUUACAACGGCUUCUCAUUGAGAUGAAUAUUUGUAUUAUUUAAACCCCACUUAUCGUUCUUUUUUCUUCAAGCUUAUCUAGCAAGCGCUUCUAGAAAAAUUCACAAACUGUAGGUGACGAAUUCCUGUCCUGGCUUAUCCAUUUAAUGCUGUGACCUGUAAAGUCUCGACUUGAAAAUAAAAUAAAGAGACAGCGCUUCAGUUUUCACUGCUGAUCUAUGUUCUUUUGGGAGUGAGGAAAUAGUGAUGUACAAAGAAAGAUUAUAUGCAUUAUACUGUGUAAAGAUUUUCCUGGAAUUAUGUUUUGGAAA